UCUAAAAGACCCAGCCGCACCAUGAUUUCACAUAGACUCCGCCCCUGUGGCUAGGACCGCCCCUCACGAAAAAAAAAAAUUGGGUGGGACCAGGCUGUGUUUGUCCAGGCCUGAUCGGGGAGCAGGAGUGCGGCCAUAAGUGGAAAACGAAGCGAGGAGUGGAGAUAAACAGGCAUCAUGGCCUACCAGCACAAGCUGGCGGAGAAGCUGACCAUCCUCAAUGAGCGGGGCAGGGGGGUCCUCAUCCGGAUGAAACACAUCAAGACGAUUUGCACAGACCCCCAGCUCAGACCUAGCUUCCUGUCAGAAAAGCCCAUGGAGUCGGCCGUCAAAUACAUUAACAAGAAAUUCCCCAACCUUGACCCUAGGGGGAACGUUCAAAAUCUGUCCAUCAUCCAAAAGCAAAAAACAGAAAUCCUCAUGAGCCUGACUGGUUACUACCAGUCCUUCAUUGACGUGAUGGAGUUCCGGGAUCAUGUAUAUGAACUCCUGAACACCAUAGAUGCUUGUCAGUGCUUUUUCAACAUUACAGUGAAUUUUGGCUUCACCAAGAACUAUCUGGACCUGAUUGUGACGUACACCUCUGUCAUUCUCAUGCUCUCUCGCAUCGAUGAGAAGAAGGUGCUCAUCGGCAUGUAUAACUGUGCACACGAGAUGUCGAAUGGCACCAGUGACCCCUCGUAUCCGAGGCUGGGCCAGAUGAUCCUGGAGUACGACCAUCCCUGGAAGAAGCUGAUGGAAGAGUUUGGGCCGCACACCAAGGCGGUGACGGAGGCUGUGCUCUCGCUGCAGUUGGUGUAUCCCCGCAGGAACCUAGCGGCUGAGCAGUGGCGCAUGGCUCAGCUGCUCAGCCUCCUGAGUGUGACGGCCAACAUGCUCACCCCAGUGAGCUGUGACACAAUACCUUGUGAAUACUUGUCCAUGGAGACGAUGGAGCGCUGGAUCAUUAUGGGAUUCCUGCUCUGUCACAGCAGCUUGAGCACCAACCCCAACUCCCAGGAACUGUGGAAGAUGGCGCUGCGGAGCGGCCUGUACAUCACGCUCAUCAGGGACGAGAUGCUCAACAUCCACAAGGUCACGGAGGACAUUUUCGACGGCAUCAAAGGAUACAACAAACGUAUUGCUGACAUCAAAGAAUGCCGGGAGUAUGCUAUAGCCAACUGUGGAGCUUUUCACAAAGAAAAGAGGCACUUCUUGCGAAAUGCAAUAAAGGAGCUGACCAAAGUCCUGGAGGAUGAGCCUGGUCUGCUGGGCCCCAAGGCCCUGUAUGUCUUCAUGGCACUGGCGUUCUCGCGUGACGAAGUGCUCUGGCUUAUGCGGCACUCGGAGAAUGUCCCCAAGACCAAAACUCCAGAGGACUACGUGGACCCUCAGUUAGCAGAACUGCUGUUCUACAUGGAAAGACUGAAGACUCUCCUGAUUCAGUACAACUCCGUUCUGCAGCGUUACCACCUCCUGUACCUGGCACAGUUCGAUGCGCUGGUACUGAAUGACACGAUACAGAAUAUGAACGUCUGUCCGGAAGAGGAGUCCAUCCUGAUGACGUCAUUUGUCUCGUCUCUGUCCACACUAUCAAUCAAACAAGUGGAAAAUGGUGAAGAGUUUGACUUGAGAGCCCUCAGGCUGGAUUGGUUAAGGCUCCAGGCAUAUACCAGUGUGGCCAAGGCGCCAUUGCAGCUCAAAGACUUCCCAGACUUGGCCAAGAUCAUGAAUAUGAUUGAGUUCCACACAAAGAUGAUGGACGGCGUUGAGGCUCUCCUCAGGGAGACCUCAGACCUCUCCACGCUCUGUUUCUACUCAAGGGUUUAUGAGAAGAUGUUCGCUCAGGGUUGUGAAGAUGUGACGAUGCAGCGUUACCUCAUCGCGUUUCCUGUAGUCUGCUCCCACUUCAGCCAGUGUACUCACCAGAUGUGUCCAGAAGAGGUGGUCGUCAUAGAGAGGAAGAGCCUGAGUUUGUGUGCAGGAUUUCUGGAGGAAAUCUCCAACCUGGCGGGCAGCGUCAUCCUGGAGAUCUGUGCAGAGCAGUGCAACCUGGAUGACCAGCUGUUACCGAAGCACUGCGCGCACACCAUCAGCACGGCCCGCAACAAGAAGCAGAAGAAGCAGGCGCCCAAGAAGGGGGAGGUGCAGAGGGAGAAGCCAGGCACAGAGAGCCUGCGGAAGGACCGCGCCAUCGCCACCAACAUGGACAAGCUCCACGUGGCUCUCAGCGAGCUGUGCUCCACCUUCAGCUACUGGAACCACUUCACCGUAUGGGGCCACAUCAUCAUCCCCGCCGAGUUCCUCAUCUCCCAGCUCGAGACACGCCUCUCCAAGAUCAUCGUGCGAAUGGCCAAUUACAACAAGGCCACCCAGGAGAUCGCCCGGCCUUCCGAUCUGCUGGCGGGCAUCAAAGCUUACACCAGCAGCCUGUACGUCAUGUCUAAGUACAUGAACAUCGACAUCACCCGGCUGGUCAAGAACGUGCUGCUGCAGCAGACCCAGCCUCUGGACAGCCAUGGAGAGCAGACCAUCACCACCCUCUACACUAGCUGGUAUCUCGAAGGUCUUCUCCGGCAAGCCAGCAGUGCAGUGAUUGUGCACUGUCCCAUCAUGCACUGCUUCGUCAGCCAGCCCAACGAGAACGAGGCCAGCUUCAAAGCGGAGGAGUACUCCGACGUCUCAGAGCUGCAGGCCCUAGCAGGACUGAUAGGUCCGUAUGGGUUGAAAUUCAUGACCGAGAACCUAAUGUGGCAUAUUACCUCACAAGUCACCGAGCUGAAGAAGCUGACAACUGAGAACAUGGACAUUCUAGUGCAGAUGAGAGCAAACUUUGACAAGCCUGAGGUAAUGGCCAACCUUCAGAACAAACUACAAGCGUCUGAGAACGUUCUGAAGCGAAUGACCAUCAUUGGCGUAAUCCUGUCCUUCAGGACUAUGACGCAGGCAACCCUGGGAGAUGUCUUGCAUAAACAUUGUCCCUACCUCAUGGGACCAAUUGAAUGCCUUCGGGACCUAAUCUCCCCGGACACUGACAUUAAGGUGACCCUUGGCGUGUUCGAGCUGGCCUCAUCGGCGGGACUAGCAUGUGACAUCGACCCUGCCCUCGUCUCGGCCAUCGCCAGCAUGCGUGCAGAUGGCUCGUCUGUGGAUGAGGAAUACAAGCUCAGCUGUCUGCUUUUCGUGUACAUUGCCGUCUCUCUGCCCAUACUGGCGCUGGAUGCCAACUCUUACUACAGCCGUGAUUAUGGGGGGCACCAUAACAAUAUCCACUGUCUUGCCACUGCCAUAAACCAGUUGUCAGCGGCUAUGUUUACCGUCCUGAACAAGAACAUUGAGCAGCACCUGAAAGAAUUCCUCCUGGUGGCGUCGUCCACAUUGUUGCAGCUGGGCCAGAACGUGGAGAAAGUUGAGAGCAAAAACAGAGACGCCAUAUAUCUACUUCUCCACAUGAUCGUGGAGGAGUCGCCCUUCCUGAGCCAGGACAUGCUGGAGAGCUGCUUCCCGUAUGUUUUGAUGCGUAACGCCUACAGGGAGGUCUACAAAGCUUCUGUCGUCACACUGGGCUGAGCCAAGGUGUGCCCCACCCUAACCCGGCCACUGCAAGAGUUGUGCCUUAAGUUGCUUGACAUUUGAAACAGCUUCUGAUCAAUAUAAUCUCUGCAAGAAAAAGUCCGUGGAAAUGGUUCUGACCAGUUUGUGUCUGUAAAAAUGUCCUAUUAUCUCUGCAAAUGCCUUUCAGUAAGUAUGAUAUUUGUAUAACAUUUUUAUAAUGAUGAUGAACUUCUGACAUUUGAAAAUCCAAAACUUUCCCCAGAUCAACACUGUAUGUAUGUCUAUGUUAUUUUUCAAAAGGGGGGGCGGGCGGGGGUGUCCAAACAUCAGUAAACAGUGGAUUAAGGUUAUGGAGGGGUGAAGGUAAAAAAUUAUCUGUUAAAACAACACUUACCUCCCAGGUCUUCUGUGAAGGUACUAUCCAUCAGCCCAGUAGGGCCAUCCUCUCUUGACCCCCCCCAGCCGUUUAGCAGUGUUGGCACGCUGGGGAGGCUUAUGUCGGCCAGACUCUCAGUGGGCCAAGCGUGUGACGUCCCCAUUACACUGGUGCAUUACACCAGAGGAAACUAUGUGCCUUGCUGGGUGUUAGCAGGCCUGAAAUAGCAACUGCCCCCCCCCCCAGGGGGCGGUAACUAAGUGCCGUGAUGCAUGAUAAGCCCAGGCCAGCGGGGCAUCAGCAAACCAGAGAAACGCGUCCGCAGCUGCCUUUUUGUCCACAACAGUAUUCCUUUGAUGUUUGCAUCUUGUGGCCUGCAUGUUUCCGUCUGAGUGCCAAUAAAAAUGUGCAGCGAAAAUGUA